GUCACAGGUAAGGAGGGCGGCCGUGCAGACCUCUCGCUUGCUCCAGGGGUCCGGCCGGGAGGACGCGAGGGCUUGAGGUUCCACCGGAGUUUCAGCCGGGAGGCAAGAGAAGACUGGCUUAGAGAAGCUCCUUUGGGGGUUCCCGAUGCACUGGAGGCAGUUUUACCGGGGGUGGGAGCAGACCAUGUGGACCCUGGUGAGCUGGGUGGCCUUAGUGGCAGGACUGGUGGCGGGAACACAGUGCCCAGAUGGUCAGUUCUGCCCUGUGGCCUGCUGCCUGGACCCAGGAGGAGCCAGCUUCAGCUGCUGCAGUCCCGUUCCGGGCCAGUGGCCCACAGUGCUGAGCAGGCAGCUGGGCAGCCCCUGCCAGGUAGAUGCCCACUGCUCUCCUGGCUACUCCUGCCUCCUCACCAUCUCGGGGACCUCCAGCUGCUGCCCGUUCCCAGAGGCCGUGUCGUGCGCCGAUGGCCGCCACUGCUGCCCGCGGGGCUAUCACUGCAGGGCUGACGGGCGGUCCUGCUCCCAAAGAUCAGAUACCAACCCCUUGGGUGCCAUCCAGUGCCCUGACAGCCAGUUUGAAUGCCCCAACUCCUCCACGUGCUGCACUAUGCUAGAUGGCUCCUGGGGGUGCUGCCCCAUGCCCCAGGCUUCUUGCUGCGAAGACAAGGUGCACUGCUGCCCCCAUGGGACCUCCUGCGACCUGGCUCAUGCCCGCUGCCUCACGGCCAUGGGCACCCAUCCCCUGGCGAAGAAGGUCCCUGCACGGAGGAGUAACGGGGCAGUGGUCCUAUGCCCCGAUGGGCAGUCCCAGUGCCCUGAUGGUUCUACCUGCUGCGAGCUGCCUAGUGGGAAGUAUGGCUGCUGCCCAAUCCCUAAUGCCAUCUGCUGCUCGGACCACCUGCACUGUUGCCCCCAGGACACCGUGUGCGACCUAGUCCAGAGUAAGUGCCUCUCCCAGGAGAACGCUACGGACCUCCUCACCAAGCUGCCAGCACACACAGUGCAGGAGGUGAAGUGUGACAUGGAGGUGAGCUGCCCAGACGGCUAUACCUGCUGCCGCCUACAGUCGGGGGCCUGGGGCUGCUGCCCUUUUGCCCAGGCUGUGUGCUGUGAGGACCAUGUACACUGCUGCCCGGCUGGGUUUACAUGUGACACAGCGAAGGGCACCUGUGAACAGAAGGCCCGCCAGAUGCCCUGGAUGGUGCGGGCCCCAGCCCACCUUCGCCUGCCAAACCCCCAGGCCAUGGAGAACGAUGUCCCCUGUGAUAACAUCACUAGUUGUCCCUCCUCCAAUACCUGCUGUCGACUCGCAUCUGGGGAAUGGGGCUGCUGUCCUGCCCCAGAGGCUGUCUGCUGCUCAGACCACGAGCACUGCUGCCCCCAUGGCUACACGUGCUUGGCCCACGGGCAGUGUCAGAGGGGGGGCGAGACAGUGACCGGACUGGAGAAGACACCUGCCCGCCGGGCUUCCCCAUCCCGCCACAGAGACAUAGGCUGUGACCAGCACACCAGCUGCCCCGUGGGGCAGACCUGCUGCCCCAGCGUGAGUGGGGGCUGGGCCUGCUGCCAGUUGCCUCACGCUGUGUGCUGUGAGGACCGCCAGCACUGCUGCCCCGCUGGGUACACGUGCAACGUGAAGGCCCGAACCUGCGAGAAGGAGGCCAACUCGGCCCACCUGGCCACCAGCCUGGCCCGUGGCCCUCGCGUGGGUGUGGGGAACGUGGAGUGUGGGGCAGGGCACUUUUGCCAUGAUAACCAGACCUGCUGCCGCAAUAGCCAAGGGGGCUGGGCCUGCUGUCCCUAUACCCAGGGCAUCUGUUGUGCUGAUCAGCGUCACUGCUGCCCGGCUGGCUUCCGAUGCAGGGCCAGGGGCACCAAGUGUCUGCAGAAGGAAAGCCUGCGCUGGGACAUGCCGUUGAGGGACGCAGCCCCGAGACAGCUGCUGUGA